UGCAGAGUCAAACUGCGCAGCUGCAGAGCCACAGCUCAAGGCUGGCUUCACCACAAUCGCGAUCAAAAUGGCAAUGGAUAAUUUCAUAUUUGCCCAGUGCAUCCUUUAUUUUUUAGCCUUCGUAUUUGGCUUUAUAGCGGUAGUACCUCUCUCGGAAAACACUGAUGAUUUUCGGGGGAAAUGUUUGCUGUUUACGCGAGGUAUGUGGCAGAACGAGAACAUCACGGUGUCGAAGCAGCGCUUUAUCAUUGAGGAAUGGGGACCACAGUCAUCCUGCAGUUUUAUCACUGCUGUCGGCAUCGCGUCACUAAUCCUGUCCGCUGUCCAAGCCUGGAGACUGCUGUUCUUUAUCUGUAAAGGCCACGAUGACUCAAUCUUCAAUUCCUUCCUGAACCUGCUUAUCAGCACCCUCAUAGUGUUUGCAGUGUUCCUUUCCAGCACAAUAGUCAGUGUGGGCUUCAACCUAUGGUGUGAUGCCAUCACAGAAGGAGGCAGCAUGCCCAGCAGCUGUGAGGAUCUGCAGGACACUGAUCUUGAACUAGGAUUGGACAACUCUGCAUUUUAUGACCAGUUUGCUAUAGCACAGUUUGGGUUGUGGGCAGCCUGGCUGACUUGGCUCAGUAUCACCGUCAUGGCAUUUCUGAAGGUCUACCAUAACUACCGUCAAGAGGAUCUGGUUGACAGCUUGAUCCAUGAGAAAGAGUUUUUACUCGGACGUUCCUCGCGACGCUGCUCUGAUGUGGUAGAAAGGAAAAGUGGCAUGAUAUAAAAGACACAACAUAGAUUAUGCUAUUAAUAACCUUGUAGUGUUACAGUGUGCUGCUCCUAGACAAUUGAAGUGUUUCAUUAGACAUAAAAAUCAGAUCCACAUGCACUGUAAAGUAAAAUUCUUGACACAUCAGAUGAGCUCAACUCAAACCUGCUUCGAAAUACAUUUUUGAAAUAUCCUUUGUGACACACAAUCAAAGUCAAUUUUACUGUAAUUUAUUGCCAGCCAUGUCUAACUAAAUGACAUGAUACAUUAGCUGAACAGUUAAGAUUGUAGAGCUCAGGUACCACAGAUACUAGUUUGAAACUAUUUCAGUUACAGUUGAACUAUAAUGACAUUCUGUCUGUAUGUGAUACAUGUUUCUUUACAUUUCCUUUCUGUUUUUGGGUUGAGUCUAAUUCUUUCCAUUUGAUGUUUCUAUUUAUGAAAUAUAACCAUGUAUAUGACUGUGAUAGUAUUUUUCUAAAGGAGCUGCUAUUUUAAGCCAUGCUUGCAUGUACAUUUGUGUUAUAUUAAAAUUAACAAAAUUAAAGUUCCUUUUCGCUUUACAGCUAUUUCAGUGACAUAAAGCUAUCUUCAUUAUGACAUCAAACUUCAAUGAAACAGUAUUAUAUAGAAAGUGCUGUAUUGUAUACGGACAGUGAUCAAAUAUACCAUAGUACUGAAAUCCACCAUAGCAUUAAUGAGGUACUAUGGUAACUACCAUGAUACGUGUAUAGAAAGCCAUCAAAUGUACCAUGGUAUAUUUUUAUAAGCGUUGUGAGACUUAUAAGAGUUUUUAAUGAUAAAAUUUUUUUUUUUUUUUUUUUUUGGGUUUACUUGCUUUUAUGGAUAGAAAGACCUCAUGAACCUUAAAGGUGAUUCUAUUUAAAACGACUGUUGUGCAUGCUGCAAUAAAAUAUUAUGUAUGCCUUUUUGGUUUACGCAUCUUCUGUUAUGUAAAGUUUAAUGCUUAUGAAACAGUCAUGAGUUAAUGGUAUAAGCACAAGUUAUGAGAAUAUCUCUGUAACACUCAAUCCCAUAUGUUUCUCACAAUAAAACAUUGUACAUACAGUAAUCAG